AUGGAGGAUCUACUAAGCUUCGCUUGGAGAAGCUGGAAGGAGGGAAAGGCUAUAAAUAUUGUAGAUCCAUCACUUAACAACAAUUCACGGCAUGAAAUCCCGAGAUGCAUCCAUAUUGGUUUACUUUGUGUUCAAGAAAAUUUAGUUGAUAGACCAACCAGGGAUACCAUUGUACUGAUGCUUAAUAACCAUUCUCUAAGUCUUCCUAUUCCUGCAGAACCUGCAUUUUAUAUGAAUAGUAUAACUAGAAGCUUUUCAGAGAUGCAGUCAUGGGAGUAUAAUUUAAGGGAAAGAGGAUCAAGUGAACCGAUACUUAAAUCAGCUAAAGAAUCAGAAAAUGAAGCUUCAAUUAUUGAGCUAUACCCUCGCUAG